CUGACGUGUUAUUUCUGCUUUCUGUCACACUGACUCUCUUCUCUACUGACAAAACCGAUAAAGAAUCAGCCGUCAGUGAAGAACCAAGAGAAACACUUUACAGAAGGAUCUUUGUGAAGUUUGUUUCUGAAUAGAUAGUAGAUGUUUGUGAUUCUCGUGGUGAUUCAUCUUUCAAACUGUUGUUCAGAAAGUGAAAGUAAAGUUUAGAUUGCUGGAGCUCAAAGAGUGGAAAUGGCUUCUCUAUCUGAAUAUGAUUUUUCUUGUCCUGUAUGUCAUGAAAUCUUCAAGAAUCCUAUUCUUUUAUCAUGUAGUCACAGUUUCUGUAAAGAGUGUCUUCAACAGUUCUGGAGAACCAAGAAAACUCAGGAGUGUCCCGUCUGCAGGAGAAGAUCCUCAAAGCAUUACCCUCCAGUUAAUUUGGCGUUAAAAAACUUGUGUGAGUCGUUCCUGAAGGAGAGAAAUGAGAGGCGUUCAUCAGGAUCUGAGGAGAUCUGCAGUUUACACAGUGAGAAACUCAAACUCUUCUGUCUGGAGGACAAACAGCUGGUGUGUGUAGUGUGUAUGAAUUCACAGAAACACGUCAAUCACACAUUCAGACCCAUUGAUGAAGUUAUUCCUUCAUAUAAGGAAGAGCUCAAUACAGCACUGAAAUCAUUACAGAAGAAACUUAAACACAAUGAAAGAAUGAAAGGAGAGUUUGAGAAAACAGUUGAACACAUCAAGUCUCAAGCUGAGCACACAGAGCGUCAGAUUAAACAGCAGUUUGAGAAGCUUCAUCAGUUUCUCAGAGAUGAAGAAGAAGCUACAAUCACUGCACUGAGGGAGGAAGAGGAGCAGAAGAAGCAGAUGAUGAAGGAGAAGCUGGAGGAGAUGAACAGACACAUCUCAGCUCUUUCACACACAAUCAAAGACACGGAGGAGAUGAUGAAAGCCAGUGACGUCUGCUUUCUGAAGGAGUUUCCAGUCUCAAUGGAAAGAGUCCAGAUCUCAUCACAGCCGGAUCCACAGACGCCUUCUGGAGCUUUGAUUCAUGUGCCACGUUACUUGGGCAACCUGCCCUUCAGAGUCUGGAAGAAGAUGCAGGACAUCGUCCAGAACACUCCUGUGAUUCUGGAUCCAAACACGGCUCAUCCACGUCUCCUUCUGUCUGAUGAUCUGACCAGUGUGAGAUACAGCGGUCAUCAACCUGUUCCUGAUAAUCCAGAGAGAUUUGACUGGUGCCUCUGUGUUCUGGGUUCAGAGGGUUUUAACUCAGGAACACACUGCUGGGAUGUGGAGGUUACACAGAGUUCAGUCUGGAGACUUGGAGUAACUACAGCAUCAAACCAGAGGAAGGGAGGGGGUUUCUUCAACACUGAUGUCUGGUGUGUGGACUAUGAUAAUGAAGGAUGGUCUUCAUGUUUUGGUUUUCGUGUUAAUCAGCAGCUUGAUCGUGUGAGAGUGAAUCUGGACUAUGACAGAGGAACGGUGUCAUUCUCUGAUCCUGUAACUAACACACAUCUACACACAUUCACAACCUCCUUCACUCACACACUCUUCCCUUUCUUCUGUUGUUAUGAUUUAUCUUCCUCUCUGAGGAUCUUAGCGAUCAAUAGUCAGUAAUCUGUAUCUCUGGAUCUUCCUGCUUUCAUCUUUCAUCAUGUUUCAAUAUUUAUUCCAGAUCACAUGAGUAAGAGACUGUUGAUCUGAACACAAGUGCAUUUAUUCAUCUUUAAAAAUGAAAAAUUAUUAAAACACGUGAUGAAGAGUUAAAAUAAAUCAUCUUAAUCAUAUCUGACUACUGAGAAACAGUGAUGAGUCACAAAUCCCUGUCCCUAACACCCUAGCAACAACAUAGCAACCACUCAGAACACCCUAGCAACCAUCCAGGGUAACCUAGCAACUGCAUAGCAACACCUAGAGUUGCAACGUUCCCAUAGUCUUCCAUAGAAACUGAAUGAAGUAAAGCGUGUCAUGGAGCAGCCAGUAGUUCAGCAUUGAAGCUCACUCAUUUCAGUGCUUCAGGAUUUUAAUUCAAUUAAAACUUUACAAUGAUACAUUGAAAAUAUAAUUAAUUGUCAUUGUCAUAUGUAAUUAUUAACUGCCAUCAUUAACUCCCGAUCAGUGUUGCCAAUUUGGGGAUUUUGUCGCCAAAUUUAGCUACGUUCUCAUUGUUGCUGCAACUUGUAUUGAUUUUUUGCGACAAGGAGCUAUUUUAGCUAUAUUUAAAUAAAAAUAGCGAUUUUUUUGGAUAUUUUAUUUUUUCCUCUCACUUCUCGAGUUUGCUCUCAAUCAUGCCAAUAGACGCGUUCGUCUUUAAGCGGCGCUGCACAGAAUGGUCAGUGUAUGACAUCAAAGUACCUCGAGAGCCAUUCGAAAGCAUCAGGAUCCAUCUGCUCUCUUAUCGCUCUCGCGGUACUUUGAUGUCAUACACUGACCAUUCUGCGCAGCGCCGCUUAAAGUCGAACGCGCCUAAUGAGUCUGCGCAGUGAACACACAUCAGUACAUCUGCCAUUCAGACAUGAUGACACACACCACCAUUUCAUUAUAAACAUCAAGAUGGUGGAGAAAAAAUAUGAUUGCAUCAGGGCACCAACUACUGUGCAUGAACAUCUUGUUUUAACCACAGACACAAAAGUUAUACCACAAUUCAUGCACAGUCAUGUCAACCAGAUACUGAGAGAGACAGUGCAGUGUCAUGUGUGCUGGGAUGCAGUAUUUUGCACUUACUUUGUAGUAAUAGAGUGUGUUGGCUGAAAUAAGUUUGCAUGAAUAAAGGUUUUGUUUUGGGAGAAUCAUAUUUGUUAUCUGUUGUAUUUGAGCAGGACCGGGAUGCGCUUUGGUGACACAUGAAACAAAUGCCCAACAUUAUGUGUCUUUACAUCAUUUCCAUCAUGUUUGAUGUGCUUGCAGAAUUUACUGAUUCAAAUGUGUCCUGUAGAGUUACAAGUAGGCCUAAGCAUUUCCUAAUUUCACUUUUUUUUUUUGUUAUAGGCCUACUUCAUCUUUUGUUAUAUAUAUUUUUAUACUGUCAUCAUUUGUAAAGUAGAUAUAUAUAUUUACUUUCCUUUACCUUUACCAAAUUUACCUGUAUUUACUUUCUUUUC